GAAAGCCACUUUUCUUCGGAAAGGGCAUGCGGACGUUCUGUCACGUUCCUCAUGUUCGUUGUGAACAGGUGAAACGAUGGGUUGUUUACGAAGCAGGCUAUCGGCACUCUCACUGAUACCUGAUUUGCCUAAAAAAAGCAAGGGUAACGGGUAUAAAAAGCAGCCCGCCUCGCUGGCAGAAGAACACUUUCGUCUCCGCAGUCGACGGUUCUAACACCUUUGCCUUUUUGGUCUACUUCGUACUGCCAGCCAUCAUGAACACCUUCACCCUGGUCGUCGCCUGCCUCCUGGUGGCCGGAGCCCACUGCGGCUCCAUUUUCACCUACGGCGUCCCGGCUGUCGUGCCCGUGGUCCACCAGCCUGUGGUGUACCAGACCGCGGUCAGGACUCCCGUGGUGGCCCACCACAAGGAGCUGGUUCACGUUCCGCACCACGAGUACGGUUACACCGUCGAGCAGAGCAAGCUCGUCCAGCCAAAGUCCACCGUCGUCCACCACGACCCGCUGACCGGCCUGCCGUACCAGCAGACCGACUACCACCACGUCCCAGUCGUCACUGGUUCCCGGAGCUCGGUGCACCACAGCCGUCCAGGCUACAUCGCCGAGCGAACCAAUACCUACGUCAUCUGAAGAUGCCGCGAUCAGAUCCCGCAGCGACUUGCCGACCGACUGUCACGCCUACCCGCUCCCCGUUUCUCACCGCCUCUCACGUGUGAAUAAAUGGCGAUGUUUGUUUUCGAAAA